AGUAGACUAACGGGACACUACCUCGCGCAUGGGUCUUUUUAAAGCAGGAGAAUACCCCUCUCUAUCUCUUCUCUCUCUACCUCAAAGCAGUAGCAUAAACUCUUCUAAGAUUCAACAGAAAUCAGAGACCACCUCAAGCCAUGUCCAUGAACUUCAAGCGGGCCUUGCUUCGCAUAUCCCAGGAGAUGAGCUCCAGGGACUUGGAAAACUUAAAGUUUGCCUGUAGAGACGUCAUACCAGAAGCUCGCCUGGACUUUAUCCACUCGCCUAAAGAUGUCUUCCAAGUACUGGAAGAGAAAGGCCUCCUGGCCACGGACAAGUUAGAAUAUCUCACAAGACAGUUGAUAGACAUCAACCGGCGACAACUUCUCUCGCAUUUCGAGUCUUUCGGCUUCCAAAUUCCAGAGCAGACCUCCUCUGGCCCGAGUACAGGAAUAGAAGACCAGUCCCUGAACUCAAUAGACUCGCAUUUUACCCGCUGCCUUCUUGCCCUCUCCCAGAAACUAACAGCAGAGGAAGUUGAUCGUCUAGCAUUUGCCUGGUGUGGAACACACAUAAGCCUUAGCCCUGACCGGAUAUUCUCAGCACAUCAACUCUUCACUUUAAUGAGCCGUAAAAUGAUCCUCAAACCAGACAACCUCCAGGUCCUUUAUCUAGAGCUAAGCGAGAUGGGCCGACAAGACCUUUGUAAAAUCAUCGAAGACUACUACCAGGUCAUUGGUGCAGGUUAUCAUGGUAACUAUCCUCCUCUUAACGGACAUAAUUUCGUUCCCUCUCCUUCGCCAAGCAGCACUUAUGGACGAGAAGAUAGUCAGUCAGGUUAUCCAUACAACCCGUCACAAGACCAUUACUUCCCUCACUGCACUCGCCCAACAGAUCUGACCUUUUCUUCCCCGAGGACGAGCAUGAGUGACCUCACAUCUCAAAUAUCUCAACUUCACCUCCUUCCAGCAGGGAGUUCCCCUCAAGUGGGCGGAGUCUAUAACGGCAGAGAUCACACCGUGGGCGUGGUUGAUAACGUGGUACAGGCUCCUACCCAACCUCCUGGUUACGGCGAGUAUCGUCCAUUAUCAGCUGCUAGUAGCAGUCACGAUGGUUCGCCUAACGUUGCAGUUCAUUAUAACGGGACUGGAUACCCUCAAGGCCGACACAAAGAAGACAGGGAGGGUCAUGAAGGUUUCCCCCCACAGAUACUAGAGGAACAUAAUCCUCCCAUUCACUUCAGCGGACAGAGAGGCGCUCCUCCACCUACAGCUGAUGAUUUAAACCGACAGAAUGAAGUACAGACCCUCCAGCAGGCCUUGCAGGAGAAGAACGAUGAAGUGAACGAGUUGAGAGGAUUCAUUGCUAAGACUAAUCCUGCUCCGACUGGAUCGCUCCUGCACGAGGAUUUGUAUUCGAUGACCAAGGAUCCUCACGGGAUUUGCCUCAUCAUCAAUAAUUACAAGUUCUUUCAAGUUGACGAGCAAUAUGACUGCCUCAACGAUCGAAACGGGGCCCAGAAAGACCAAGAGAACCUCAUGGAAACCUUCAGCUUCUUGAAGUACAAAGUCGAACUUCACGAGAACCUCAGCUCUGACAUGAUGGUAGACAUUUUGAAGGAGAUAAGUUCUCGGGAUCAUUCAAACUACGACAGUUUCGUGUGCUGCAUAUUGACACACGGCGAAGAGGGACAGGUUUUUGGCGCCGACAGCAAACCAGUUAAUCUCCAAGACCUCACCGGUAUCAUGAAAGCAACCUUCACACGAUCUCUCAUCAACAAGCCAAAGCUGUUCUUUGUUCAAGCGUGUCGUGGAGACGGAGAAGAAAAGGGAGUCCCUAUUGAGAAAGACGGUAAUGCGAGUCUACCUGUUGAGGCUGACUUCCUUUUUGGUUAUGCUACACCGACUGGAAAGGCAGCUUACCGAAGCAGACGACAUGGGUCAUGGUUUAUUUCUGAGUUAUGCCAGGUGUUCAUGCAAGAUUCGAAUCACCUUCCCUUAGGGGCAAUGAUGAAGAAGGUCAACAGGAAGGUUUCUGAUGCUUAUACUAAGGAAGGAUUCAAGCAGUGCACUGAGGUUGUCGAUCGGUUGAGGAAAGACGUGAUUUUCUUUUCCGAGACUGAAAGCAAGACUGUGUGAUUUCGAAUUUUAUUUUAAUAUUUUUUUUUCAUAUUUUCUCUCCAGCUGCUUCAAGGGAUUUCAUUUCAUUGUACAUUAUUAUCAAUAAAUAUUAUUCAAUGCUGUUGCUUUUUCUAAUUCUUUUAUUUGUUAUAUUUUAUAAUAAUUCAA